AUGGUUCCUCAUGACAUGUCGUGGGACGGAAUUGGGGUUCAAAGUACUGCGACUAACCUGUGUCCGUCCGAUAACCCUGCCGAUUCAUGCAAAUUGUCCCCAGCUUCGUACAAGAAUGCUGCCAGUUUGCCUGUAGUAUUGAAGUUUACGGCGCUUUCUGCACUCGUCCAUCUCUGCACUUGUCCACCUCUUGCUGCUUAA